UAUUAAUACAAAACGUAUACAUUACAUUGUACAUAUUUGUGCACUGUCACGAUCGUAAUCGUGUUUGCUAAAAUAUCUAUAAAGCGGUGACGUGAUAUUUUCGAUCAUAUAUUUUCGAGGUUCUGAUCAAGUAACUUUGCAUUAGUUUGAUUAUCAUUAUCCACCAUAAUGUGGCGCACUGCAGUAAAUCAAGGUAUUCGUAAUUUUAGCGUUAAUUCGCCCGUGAUAAAAUGCAAUCGUUUACAAGGGAAAACAGCAAUUGUGACAGCUUCAACAGAUGGUAUUGGCUUUGCAAUUGCAAGACGUUUGGCUCAAGAAGGUGCCAAAGUGAUGGUUAGCAGUCGUAAAGAUUCAAAUGUAAAGAAAGCAGUGGAACAGCUUCAAUCUGAAGGACUAGAAGUAUCUGGUGUUGUAUGUCAUGUUGCUAAACAGGAAGACAGAAAAAAUCUUUUUAACAAAACAAAAGAGAAAUUUGGUGGAUUAGAUAUUCUUGUAUCAAAUGCA